AUGCAAUGGUUUAUUGCCUUAAUUGUGCUAAUAAUCAGUUUGUCAAAGACGGUCACUACCGGUGCCGCCGCCGACACCAACAGCAAACGCAAUGCCGAACCGCAUCUCCAGUUCCUAACUGAGCCGAACUCACAGUUUGUGGCGCCCGACGGCGGCAGAGCAGUGUUCAAGUGUGUACCAGCGCCUGCCGGUGCCACCAUUAACUGGCUUCACAAUGGUGUACCACUGUAUCAGAGCUCAUCAGUGUUAAGGAUAUCCAGACACAAGUUGGUCCUUAAAUUACCGAACAGUGUUAAACACGGCCAAACCGGUGGCGCUAACAGUGACAAUAUCUACGAUUACCAUAACUCUAGUAGUAGUGGUAAUACUGUUGGCCAAUUGCCAAACGACCAACAGGUUCAUGUGUCCCAACUGCUAUCGGGCGCCAACUUUCAGUGUAUCGCCCAAUACAAGGGUCGAUCCAUUAUUAGUCAAACAGCCAAACUGAUUGUCGCCGAGCUUAAGCCGUUUGCAAAUAAUUAUUCAAAAAAUUUAAGUCUAAUAGCCAUCGCUGGCAAUACAGCUGUGAUACCCUGUCAACCUCCUCAUAGUGUUCCCAAUGCCGUCACCGAGUUUGUGGUCAACAACUCGAAAAUUAUUGACAAAACCAGUGAGAGAUAUCGUUUGAUGCCAUCCGGAGAUUUGCAAAUAUUUUCAGUCGGCGAAUCAGACGCUGGUAUCUAUCGAUGUAUAGCACACAACCCGUUCCUCCAGGAAAGGACAUCUGAACACCAUUACAUUGAACUGACAGUUAUACGACAGCCAUCCUCCUCCUCCAGACAUCACCACAAUUCCAAUAGUCAACGCAAUCAUAAUCAUCAUAAUAACAAUCAUCAACAUUCACAUCAUCAUCAGCUAAAGUUUGUGGUAAUACCCAAAGCGCACGUUACAGCAGUUACCGGAAGUAAUGUUACGUUUGAAUGCGUGGCCAGCGGUAGUCCGAUGCCGAAAAUUGUCUGGAAAAGAUCGGUCGGUCAAUUGCCAAAGGGAAGGCAUAGUAUGGAUGGAGGAAAUCUGAUAUUGUCUAAUGUUAGACGCGGUGACGACGGCACCUAUGUAUGCCAUGCGGCUAAUGGAUCGCCAAAUCAUGCCAUCAGUGCAAACUCGGUGCUGGAAAUUCAGGAAAUACCGCAAUUUAUGCGCAAAACUUUGAUUGAAGAAAAAGAGGUGAUGGAGGGCCAGGAAAUCAUACUCGAGUGCAGUACUAAAGGAAAGCCUAAACCGGUGGUCGACUGGUUUCACAAUGGCGCUCAAGUGACACCCGAAGUGUCCAACAAAAAUGGUAUUGUUAUCAAAGGAACCGACGGAUCAAAGUUGUCAAUAUUGAACGCUAACAAUCAGCUACACUCGGGUAUCUAUCAGUGCUUUGCGACCAAUGAUUUGGACUCGAUAUACGCAACCACUGUUGUUAAUGUGGUCAGUCUGACCAAAACUCAAGACGCACCCGAUGUUAGCGUUAAUGUUAACAAUAAGGAAAGUCCGAUCAACGAAAGCGAUAACGACGCCGAUAUUGUUGACAACACCGACGAUCAGGAGAUUGUUGACGAAGACGACGACCUAUUCGAUAGGCAUCCGUCGCAUCCGAAAAAAGGCAAAAACAAGAACAAAGGCAUCAAAAUGGUUCCGCCGACCAAACCAGAGGUGACUCGAUUGAGUGAGGACUCGGUUAUGGUCAGAUGGGAUGUACCGCAAAACGAUGGUCUACCCAUUUUGUUCUACAAAGUACAGCACCGAGAAAUGGCCAACAAAAACAGCGACUGGAAUACAGUGGACGACGACAUCGCACCGCACAUCCACUCUUACGCUGUCGGCGGACUCAAAUCGGGUAUGAAAUACCGGUUCCGGAUUGCAGCUGUCUAUUCAAACAACGACAACAAAUUGAGUCCAAACUCGAUAAAGUUUACAUUGUUUAAGGAGCCGCCGAUGAAGAAGCCAAUCAAUGGUCCGGUCAUAGUUCACGCCGAACCGGUCAGCCAGUCGGCCAUAACCAUCAAAUGGGACCAUUACGAUAUCGAUCACGUGUCGAUCGAUGGCUUUUUUAUUUACUAUCGGCCGUCCGAUUUUGCCGGCGACUAUUACAAGGUGGCUGUAAUGGGUGCCAUCACCCGAUCGCAUAUUAUCACCCAUUUGUUACCAGACAAACAGUACGACAUUAAGAUGCAGUGUUUCAAUGUGGCCGGCACUUCCGAGUUUUCCAAUAUCUUUAUGGUUAAGACACUGCCGAAGAUUGAUACCAACAAAGAAAAAGAAAACAAAAAGAACAAAGAAAUUGAUAACAAUAACAUUGGCAACGGUAUCGGUCCGGUAACUGGCGAUAAAGACAAGACACUGUACACUGUUGUCUUCAUCACUAGUGGUGCACUUAUAUUGGUGUUUGUUGUCUGUAUUUGUUUGUGUUUUGUGCGCCACAAAAACCAGACGCCGCGGUCAAAGGGUUCGACAACAAAGUUGCCGAAAGAGAAACACCCGAAAGCCGGUGGCGGCGGUGCCAACAAUCACAACAGUUUGUUUAGUCACAGCAAUCAUACGAUAUUUGCCGCACAUCACCGUUCAAAUGGUCACAUAUCCAAUACACUGAUAGGUGCCGCCGCAUCCAAUGGCUAUCUGUCCAGAUCGUCGAUGAUGGACAACAACGAGCCGUAUCCGCACAAUGUCAACAUAAGAGUGAAUCCAUUCUGUGAGAUAUCCAAUGGCGGCUCAACACUGAAUAGGACGGCAUCUAUUAAUGGCAGUCUUCGGUCAAAGAGCAUAUCGCAGCAUCACUUGUCGUCUACCGCCGCUUCCGUGACUAACAAUAACGAGUCGUCAGUGGAUGUGCCGCUGUCGAUGAGUACAAUGGAAAGGCGCAAACUGAAGCGCACCACCGAUGACCACUAUCCGGGAUCGACGCUCAAUCAUAGCAGCUCACGGCUAAACCAUCACCAGCAUCAACAGCACAGUACGUCGUUUACCCGACUGAAUGGUACACUAGAAAGGAAACGGCGAAGUAGGACUGACCUGUUGAACGCCGGCACCGACAACAAUAACAGCAGGUCCGACAACCGGGACAACCAUAAUAAUCACAAUCAUCACGAGUCCAUCAUUACCAACAAUAAGUGUAACGGAUUGUUGCAUAAUUCUGUCAGCAAUGGACCACUUGUGAUAAUGCAGAGCUCAUGUUAGGACACCAUUGAAUAGGUGUCUGGAUGGUUGAAAUUCACUUGAGCUGAUC